ACGCUCGUGCAACGGCCGAACACACAGGUGAGUGUUCGGGCCGGAAACUCUCAGUCUCCUCUAUAUAUACACUCCUGUGGUAGCAGCGAUUCUGCACAUGCUCUCUGUGAAAGUGAGGGAGAAAGACAGACCGCCAUGGAUCCAACCAAGUAUCGCCCGUCGAGUGCUUACAACUCGCCACACUUCACCACCAACUCUGGCGCACCUCUCUGGAACAACAACUCCUCCCUCACCAUCGGAACCAGAGGACCUGUUCUGUUGGAAGACUAUCCUUUGCUGGAGAGGAUCGCCAGCUUCACUAGAGAGCGCAUACCAGAACGGGUGGUUCAUGCAAGAGGAGCAAGCGCAAAGGGGUUCUUUGAGGUCACCCAUGACAUCUCCCACCUCACUUGUGCUGAUUUCCUCCGGGCCCCUGGCGUUCAAACGCCGGUCAUCGUGCGCUUCUCUACCGUCAUCCAUGAGCGUGGCAGCCCGGAGACCCUUCGAGACAUCCGUGGUUUUGCCGUCAAAUUUUAUACCAGGGAGGGCAACUUCGACCUGGUUGGAAACGACGUCCCGGUCUUCUUUGUGCGCGAUGCCAUACAGUUCCCGGACUCAAUCCACGCCCUAAAACCGAAUCCAAAGACGCAUAUCCAGGAGUUUUGGAGGAUCCUUGAUUACUUCUCCUACAAGCCUGAGAGCUUGCUCACCUUCUUCUUCUUCUUUGAUGAUGUUGGCAUCCCCCUCAACUAUAGGCACAUGGAUGGGUUUGGUGUCCACACUUUCACACUAGUGAACAAGGCUGGCAAGUCCACCUAUGUGAAGUUUCACUGGAAACCUACCUGUGGAGUGAAGUGCCUUACAGAUGAGGAAGCUGUGGUGGUUGGGGGCACCAACCACAGCCAUGCCACCAAGGACCUUUAUGACAACAUUGCUGCAGGGAACUACCCGGAGUGGAGGCUGUUCAUCCAGACGAUGUCGCCGGAGGACGUCGACCGGUACGACUUCGAUCCGCUGGACGUGACGACGACGUGGCCGGAGGACGUACUGCCGCUGCAGCCGGUGGGGCGCCUGGUCUUGAACCGGAACAUCGACAACUUCUUCAACGAGAACGAGCAGCUGGCCUUCAACCCGGCGUUCGUGGUGCCGGGGGUCCACUACUCGGAGGACAAGCUGCUGCAGGCCAGGAUUUUCGCCUACUCCGACACGCAGAGGCACCGGAUCGGCCCCAACUACCUGAUGCUCCCGGUCAAUGCGCCCAAGUGCGCUCACCACAACAACCACUACGACGGAGCCAUGAACUUCAUGCACAGGGAUGAAGAGGUCGACUACUUCCCUUCAAGGUUCGAUCCAGUGCGCCUUGCUGAAAGACACCCCAUUCCAUCCUACAGUCACACCGGCAAGCGAGAGAGGAUGACCAUUGAGAAGGAGAACAAUUUCAAGCCAGCAGGAGACAGAUAUAGGUCAUUUUCUGCAGACAGGCAAGAGAGAUUCAUACAGCGCUGGGUAACUGUGUUGUCUGAGCCGAGAGUUACCCAUGAAAUACGAAGCAUUUGGGUGUCUUAUUUAUCUCAGUGUGACAGAACCUUGGGUCAGAAAGUUGCAACCCGUCUUAACCUCAAGCCCAGCAUGUGAGAGAAAGGGAGAGGGACUAAUAAGCGAAAAUUACGCUUUCUAUUUUCUAUGUUCGGUUGUUUUAUGUUUGAAUGCUCCCCAGACAUAUUCUUAUUUAUAAAUAAUUGUGCAUGUAA